AUGGCGGACAUACUACCAGCAGGGGCCCCAUUCUCCGGAAACCUCGGGAUUUACAGUACCCUGACCGCAACAAAGCCCAAUUUUGGCAACGUCCCAGUCUUCCUUCUCUGGAACACGCUCUGCGCAACCUAUUUUCCUCCAGGCGAGGGAUUUAAGACGGCCGUCAGCCGACCAGCCCUCCGAGACAACACCGAGCCCGCCUUGGCGGUGGUCACAGGUCGGCAAGACGCAGCCUUAACAAUCCUGGCGGCCACGGCCAUCGGUACCAAGGUGAAGUUCUGGAGAUAUGACGCGCCAUCCUCGCAUCUGGAAUCGGAUGUCCCGACAUUGUCUCCGAACUCGGGGGUGCUGGACCUCUCUGAAGGCCAUGGCCAAAAUGGAGCCGUUCAGAUGUUGGCCUAUGUGCGCAACGAAGGGUUCAAUUGGACGGAGUCAGGCAAAGGAGGAAUCCACUGAAAGCGUCACGCACGUGUGCAGUGGAAGAAAGGGAUCAUUCUCGCUAUGCAACGCGCAUUGAUCCGGCAACCAUGUCUGUUGUAUUUCUGGGGCCACUUCCCGCUUUUUUCAUGGCUGUUUUUUCUUUG